GCAGACAGUGAGUGUGGUGGGCGAGCUGGGAGGGAGCGAGCGAGCAACACUUGUUGUAAGAGAAGCGGGGAGUAGGAGGAUGAUGAUGAUGAUGGCUUGCCGAUGUCGUUGUUGUUGGUAAUUGUGUGGCUUUUUAAAGUCUCGGCGAUAGUGAGAUUUACAAAUCCGGUGCGCCUCGGCGUGUGUUUGCGUGUCGCAGCGUGCGCGCUUUGUAACACAAACCACGCAAUCGUGGCAAUGCGAUCCAUUGUAAAGUAGCGGGCAAAGCCACUCGGCACAAGGGGCUGGUUGUCAUGAAUUAGAGUAGAUCAGGACGAAGAAGAAGAAGGAAACUGCUCGGGACAACGAGGACGAUGGUGGUGGUGGUUUGUGACCGGGUCUGUGAUGCUGCUGCUGGUGGUGGUGGCGGUGAUUUUGGUGAACCCUGUUGGGAUUCUAGGAGGAGAAUGAGACUGGAGGAGGGGGAUGGAAUGGCUAAGGGAUGUUAAAUGUGCUCCCCAUCCCUUCCCAUCCUUAUCACCUCCGUUCUUCUGCUUUUGUUUGUGGAAGAAAACAACAAGAGUUACAAGCGACACACGCCACACGCCACACACGUGAGAUUAGAGGAGGGCAUCAGAAGAAGAUUCGAAUGUGGAGGUUUCUAUGGAGUGAAAGAAGAGGCCGAUUUGCAACGAGCGUGUUGUUUGAAUUGUACAUUGUACCAGCAUUCAGCCGGUUUGUUUUAAUUAUUGGAAGAAAAAGAACCAGCAAAUAUAAAUAUUACAAUUGUCAAGCCUUGACCACUGCCAAACUGGAUUGAACACACCAUCCCACACACACACCACCACACACACCACACACACCACCACCACACACAAAUCACACAUCACGAAGAUGAACAGCAACAUUCAUCAUCAGCAGAUGCAGCAGCAGCAGCAGCUGACUAACUCGACUGCCAUCCGAAGCGAAAUCCGGAGAUUCGAGAGCGUCCACCCCAACAUCUACUCCAUCUACGACCUCCUGGAGCACAUCGAGGACCCUCUGUUGCAGAACCAGAUACGUGAGCAUGUCAUCAGCAUCGAGGAUUCGUUUGUCAACAGUCAGGAGUGGACUCUGAGCCGGUCAGUGCAAGAGAUUAAAGUGGGGAUUCUAGGCAACCUGUCGAGUGGGAAGUCUGCGCUGGUGCAUCGCUAUCUCACGGGCACGUACAUACAGGAGGAGUCUCCCGAAGGGGGCCGCUUUAAGAAAGAGAUCGCCGUUGAAGGUCUCAGCUACCUCCUCCUAAUCAGAGAUGAAGGGGGACCUCCAGAGGCACAGUUUGCAGCGUGGAUGGACGCAGUGGUGUUUGUGUUCAGCCUCGAGGAUGAGAUCAGCUUCCAGACGGUCUACAACUACUACUCGCGUCUCUCCGCGUCGCGCAACAUGGCCGAUAUGCCCAUCGUGCUCGUUGGGACGCAGGAUGCCAUCAGCGCCGCGAAUCCGCGCGUCAUCGACGACGCGCGCGCACGCAAGCUCUCCGGCGACCUCAAGCGCUGCACCUACUACGAGACGUGCGCCACCUACGGACUCAACGUGGAGCGCGUCUUCCAGGACGUCGCUCAGAAAGUGGUGGCGAUGCGCAAGAAGUCCCAGCUCUCCGUCGGCCCGUGCCGCUCGCUGCCCAGCUCCCCCAGCCACAUCCUGGUGCAUUCCGCCUCCACCCCCUCCGCUGCCGUUGGCCAGGUGGUUGGUGGUGGUGGAGGUGGAGGAGGAGGAGGAGGCAGCAUUGCGAGCGAGACUCUGAGCGAAGGCUCCUCUUCUGUCCCGUCGACGCCCGGCGGAGGGCCUCGUGACGCCUCCAAGUGCCGAGAGGGCCCAGCCCCGCCAUUGUCGGCCACUCCGACCCCCGUGCACAAACCCUCGCGCUGGCGGUCAAACAUCUUCGCCUCGCGGAAAGGCAGCGACUCGGACAAGAAAAGCCUGGACGGGAAAUCGGACAGCAUCGGCAGUGGUCGAGAGAUCCCCAUUAAACAGGGUGUUCUGCUGAAGAGGAGCGGAAAGUCGCUCAAUAAGGAGUGGAAAAAGAAAUACGUGACUCUGUGUGACAACGGAACGCUCACCUACCACCCAAGCCUGCACGAUUACAUGCAGAACGUCCACGGAAAAGUGGUGGACCUGCUGGGCACGACGGUAAAGGUGCCGGGAAAACGCCCGCCGAGGGCCACCGUCCCCGGCAUGUCGGCCUCCGCGUCCGUGACGUCGGGCAGCGCGCUGAUCGGCGCCGCGGUCGGCUCACCGCUGGUUCCCGGAGCGAGUCCGAAGACCAACGGGCUGAGCAAGGAGCUGAGCGGACUCAACCUCACAGGCCGCGCGCCGCCACCCCACACGCCGCCGCACGCCCACACUCCAGAGCCGCGGCACCAGCGGUCCUGCUCCGUCUCCGGCGGAGACUCCUGGAACGACGCCGUCAUUUUCAUCAACUCCAGCCUCGGAUCGGUGAAUGGCGUUGGGGAGUCGCUGUGCGCGAGCCCGAGCUUCCCGAGUGUUUUGGGGGGCACCAGGGGUGCCGAGCCCCCCUCUUCUCCGCACGCCGGGCGCAAGAAGCAUCGCCGAAAGAAGAGCACCAGCAACAUUCGUGCCGACAGCAUUUUCACUUCGGCAGACGCCAAACGUAGGGCAUGGAAACUGAGCCGCGUGGGUAGUUUGAGAAAUUUAUACAGCAGCAGCAGCGUGAACUCGGAAGACCAAGAGGAUUCCUACGAGUUCACGAUCGUCUCUCUGCGCGGCGAGACCUGGCACUUCGCCGCGGCCAGCGCUGAGGAGCGCGAGUCGUGGGUGGCGGCGGUCGAGGGGCAGAUCCUCGCCUCCCUUCAAGGUUGUGAGAGCUCCAAGUACAAGAUGCGGCUCGGGAGCCAGAGUGACGCUACAGCCAUCCAGUCCAUCCGGAAUACGAAGGGGAAUGCAUUCUGUGCCGACUGCGGCGCACCAAACCCCGACUGGGCGAGCUUGAACCUGGGCGCGCUGAUCUGCAUCGAGUGCUCGGGGAUCCAUCGCAACCUGGGCACGCACCUGUCGCGCGUGCGCUCCCUCGACCUGGACGACUGGCCGCUGGAGCUGGUGACGCUGAUGAGCGCCAUGGGGAACGCGCUCGCCAACCGUGUGUGGGAGGGACUCCUGCCGCCGGGGGCGUGCAAACCCACGGCCGACUCGCCACGCGAGGAGAAGGAGCAGUGGAUCCGCGCAAAGUACGAGCACCGCCUGUUCGUGGCGCCGGCCCCCGGUAGCGGCGGCCGUGGCGUCGGCGUCGGCGCGGGAGGAGAGGGCGGCGCGUCGCUGGGCCAGCAGCUGCUGCAGGCCUGCGCCGAAGAUGACCUCGCGACGCUCGUGCUGACGCUGGCGCACGCCGCGCAGGCCGACGUCAACGAGACGUACGGGGACGGCGACGGCCGCUGCGCCCUGCACCUCGCCUGCGCCAUGGCCAACCCCGUGCUCACUCAGCUGCUUCUCUGGUACGGAGCGGACGUGCACGCCCGCGACGCGCACGGUCACUCCGUGCUCGCGUACGCGCGCCGGGGCGGCAGCCAGGAGUGCCUGGACAUCCUCACGCAGCACGGCUGCGUCGACGAGCCGCACGUCUCCCCUCCGAGCCGCGAGGGCUCCCUCAACCCCACCCCCAACCUGGCUCGCCGCAACAACAACUACAGCAACAACGCCGCCGGCGGUGGUGGCGGCAGCUUGACGGCACAAAACGCCGAGUCGGUCGUGGGCGGUGCGCAGCAGCAGCAGCAGCAGAGGUUCGAGUCUCCGGUGUCGAGCUGGAGUCCCUCGGAGCAGUGUGCAGGAGCCGGCUAUGCACCGCACGCCUCCGCGAUGCACUCUUCUUCCCAAGCGCACAGCAAGGGAAGGGCCUUUGACUUUGUGGCUCUGAGCGGACAUGCGAGCGGCAACAGCAGCAAUGGGCGAGGCUUUGACCCGGGAAGUAAUGGCAGUGGACGAACAAAACUGUGAUACUCGGUGUGAUGAUGUUUUUUUUUUUACACUAUGUAUAUUGUAAUUGUAUAAUUUUUUUGACCGUGCUUUAUUUGCUAUUACAAAUGUAAUUGGUGGGGUGGGGAGGGGGGAGGUUUCUGUCUGUGUAAAUCAAACUGCUUUGCAAGGUUUUAUUGUGGUCUGUUACACAAACGAAGCGGGGCCUGAAUGACAUCUAAAACAAACGUGUGUUGCUGCGUAGGUUGUUUCCACGGUUGCACCGUCACAGCUCUCUGCGACGCAUUUUCACAGCAUGUACCGCGCGAGUUGUUCUGCACGGCGUCCGAACGUUUUCGCUGCACGUGGAGGGAAACUUUACCAGGUGAAGUCCCACUGAGCUGCAAUGAUCUCUUUCAGAAGCGACCUGGCCACAAAUGAUAGCUCAAUGAAGCAUCUUAACAUCAUGUGGAAAUUGAUAGCAGCCAAAUACUCGAAAAUGCACGUUGAUUCUAAAUGUGGAGGGAAAAACUGGAGGACCCAGAGAAGAAUCCACAUGACCACGGGGAGAACACGCAAACUGGAUCUAACACUCCACGACCUCCUGUAAACUAGGCGAAGCAUUUAACAUCUCGCCACCGUGCUGUGGAGACCACCUUCAGUUCCUGAUGUUGUCCGUCGUGUAUGGCAGCAUGUGUGCUAGCAGCGUCCUUCAGAACUCGUUCCUUAAACGUUUCUGCCUGAAAAGGCUCACAGGACGUGGAGUGAAACAUCGGACGUCAUGCCAACCAAAACGGCGGUACAAUCCCGAAACACUUUGGAGCACUAAACCAACAUGUAGUUUGGAAAUUAUAAAACAAACGACUUGCGGGGGUGGGGGAAAACGCUAAUGUUUUGUGAGGUUGGAAGGGAAGAUUGUGCAUCUAGAGUAAUCUCAAGUGACAUGUUUUCUCACACCUGGAAGCCAAAUGGCAGUGAAAAAUGUUACGUUGGAAUAUUAUUAAACUGAUUUUAAAAAUAUUUUUUUUCCCCCAACCUCAUCGUGUGAAACGACUUCUAAGUGGUGGGGAGUACAAAAUAUGACUUUGAGCAAGCCUUUAAAUAUUGUCAGUAUUUUACCAUCAUUUGAAAUUGCACUGUUUAAAAAAACAAGUUUUUUUAUUAUACUUUUUUAGUAUUUCCUAUGAGCCCGUUGUUAUCAUUAUCGCUGUUUUUUGUUUGUAUUAUAUUGUGCACGGUUGUAGCGUUAUAACCAGGCUCGUCGUUUUUUUUACAUUCGGACCCAAAACUACGCUUGUGUACCAUUUGUUACUGCCAGAUAUGUCUCAAUUCAUAAUGAAUUGUAUCUUGCCAUGUGUAAAAAGAAUGAUGCAAUCUCCUCUUACUGUAGCUUACUUGGUCUUUAAAAUUAUCGCAUGGAGCAAGUUACUUGCAUUCGAUCCAGGACGGCAAAGAUGGAGCACACAACACCUGAGGAUGUUGUUGUUCUUGGCUGGGCAGCCAAGCACAUUCGGGACCAGUGAAACCCCCCCAACAUUGUUGUGUGUGUGAAUUACCUUGGCUUUUCGCAGCUAUCAAAUACUACGUAGAACUUAUCCACAGUGCUUUGUCAAUUCACUGCUGGACGAACGCCUCUCCGCCGUGCCGUGUCGGUCGUUGCAGUUUGACCGGACGUCACGCUGGUCAAUGUGGGGUCCGUGAAGACAGAGGCAAAACGACCAGUUCAGAUAUCGCUUACCAAUGAUGUUGGCUGUGGCUGAGAAUCCAAUUCAGGUCGGCAGGCUCGUCGCGCAAAUACUCCAACCGCUGUAUCACUGCUUGACCAAAAAAUAAUACAUGCUGCGGUGUAAAAGCAGACUGCAAGUCGGUGGGAGAAAUAUCCUCAAAUGUCCACUGCUGGUUUGUGAUUGUGAUAGAAUGGAAUGGCAGCCAUAUGAGGGAAUAGCAGGCAAAGGAGGGAUCGUACCUGAGAAGGAUGACCGUCGCAAACGAUUGCCCUCAUGUUAAACUCCACCAAGUCGCCAUCAGUCGCCUGUACCAAGUACUUUGUUGUUUUACGCAAGCAUGGUGUGACUGGUAUCUACGUUGUAUAUCAGCCAUGGUCUAGCCACUGCUGGAUGAGAGCCUGCCUGUGCCGUUGCCAUCAACCGCUCUCUCUUGCGUUGCCUUGAUCCAUCUUGUGACCUCCCUGCACACGAGCUGAUCUCAACUAUCCGUAGCUGCUGUUGUCGUCACCUCGGAUGCAUUCUUGAUGAAGUUCUAUCAUACUCUGAAGUUCAUUUCCAUUGGUUGCUAUGUUGUAAGAAAAUCGGAGAUGGUUGUUAUGUUCUCCAUUGGAUGUUCAUGCCUUAAUCUAUCCAUUCCAAAUAUUGGACCGGGUAGAGCAUUUUCACAGUCGGGGUCGGCAGGUCGUGCGUAGCGGCGCAAAGUGUGCGUACCAUUACAGCUUCCAAAAAAUAUCUGGCCAGUGUGGAGCAGUAGCCUUCUGCAGGGCUCAACCUUUCCCUGAUAUGAAGCAUUCGCCAUUUGUACAUAAACUUACUGCGACAGGGAGAAUGUCAUGUCAGAAAAGACAAACAAUUGAUUUUGGUUUUCCACUUCAUAAUCGUCCGGCUCAAUUUGCUAUUCACGUUUUUUUUUUAUGUAGAGGUGGCCGGGCGGAUCUGGAGGUCAACGUUGAGCUGGCAUCACUUAGAUCCUGGGUCUGGAUUCAUGCAGCCACCUGUAAUUAACACAGGGUUCUCAAGUCUAGGCAGUUCAUGGGCUUUGCCGGGCAACAAAGGCUAUACACACACAAUACCCCAGUCGUGCAAUUGAACAUCUAUACAUUUGCCAGUAAUUUAUUGUAAGAAUUAAUUCUCACCCACUUGUCGCUGCAGAAAUUGAGUUUCAAACAUUUCUCUAACGUCACGACGUACAGAACAUUGGAGGUCGUGUGGUCACAGGCAUUUGCUGUAUAUCUUGAUUUGAAGCUUUCGUGACUGCAGGAAUCCAUACUCUUUGGUUUUUUCCGUAAAGUCACGUAGGUAUAAAAUAAAAUAAAUCACGACGUUUCGGGCGCAACACAACCGUUACUCUCAUUUCAAACAUUUUAAAACAGUCUGCCUCAGCAGCAGACCAUGCUUUCCCACCUGAUGACGGACGCCCGAAACGUCGUGAUUUAUUUUAUUUCAUACCUACGUGACUUUACCGAAAAACAAUCAAAGAGUAUAUAUGCUGUAUAUGUAAACAGGUUUUUAGUUUAAAGCAAAUAUAGUUUGUGUGUUUGGAUUCCUUGCUGGGCCAAUACUAAAUUACAUUGCUGUUACCGGUUUUGGCGGUGGGAUUGGGUUUUCUCACAGCGCUUAUCUUUGGCCUAUUUCUGGCCAAAGCUAGCUGACGUUGUUGGUGGCGGUGGCGUGAUAUCUGAACCAUGCUGGGCGAACUGCGCCAUGACCAGCAUGGUGAUGUAUGGUCAAGCAAAUCUCAUUAAUGUAGGGAGGCCUUCAUCCAGCUGUGUUGUUGACAAAGGGCUGUGUGUGAUUAAUUAUUAUUGGUGCUAGACAAACAUGUUGACCGUGAUACACAUCCACAAUUCCAGACUGAUGCUGUGUAAUGUGUCCUGCAAAUGUAUACUCAAGGGCGGAAAUGUUGACUUCGUUAUUUUUUUAUUCCCUCGAUAGAGGUUCUGGUAGUUGCUUAGGCGUUUCGUAACCAAAAUACAAGACUUAAAAUCUUAAAUGAUAUGCAAUGUGUAACGUGUAAUGUAGUGUCUAAAUGUGACUAUCUUAAGGCUCCAUAUCAUGUCAAGAACGAUGUUCUAGAAAACCGUGAUAACAAUUGUAUGUUAUAGGAGAGCAUUACAAACCUACCAUUGUAACAUUACAACUCUUACAGAUGCAAAACAUUUCACCACUGUCCGAUGUCACCCUGCCCACUGUGCUCCCCAUCUGGGGAGUGGUGGCGCAGUGGUUUGCACAAAAUCAGAAUAUUUUAUUUUUACUGGAGGAAUCCGAUGAGCUACACAGCUCUUUUUCACAGCUGUACAGUAGGGGCACGGGGUCAGGACGGGACAACAAACAUUGCACUCUGAACCUGAAUCCAUUCCCGGCCAUGGCUAACAUCAGUGGUGAAUUGAUUUUGAUUUCGAUUUCUCAAGUCAGUCUCGGACCCCCACCCCCCCCCAUCCACACCACCCCCUUUGCCCAGGCCGCACGGACCAUCGUGGUGAAGUAUGGUCAAACUACGCCCAUGAGCGACACAGCGUGUGGAGGCCUUCAUCUAUGCAGGGGGGUUAACAAAUGCCGAUAAAUGAUCGUGAAUUAUUAUAACACUACAAAGUCAUACCUGUCAACCCCCUCAUCAGUGCCCUACCUUAUUACAGACCAAUUCAGAUCGUAUUGGUCACCCCCGUGCCCCUAAUACAUCUCAACGUUCAUCCUACAAAGUCACAUCGCAAGGGAGAAACACAAACACAUUGACACAAAAUGUUGCCCGUAUCGAAACGGCUGUAUGCCGUAUGGACCUGAAAACUCAAUUUCCCUGGACAAGAAUACGGGCUAAAACCGUACGGGUUGACAGGUAUGCAACAUCGUCAUGUGCGGGUCGAUAUCCAUUCAUAUUGUCCAUGCUGAUCCAUUUAUAGGUACCCCACUAAAAUAGACAAAUUCUUGUAAAAAAAAACUACGUUUUAAUUCAAAGUCUCCACACAUCUCCCACCUCACUCUACAUGCUCGUUAAAUAUUUUAACACCUCCCCCCGCCGCCCCAUCCCGUAACAUCCUCUAUAUAGCCCGUGUGAUUUGCUUACAUUACAAUCUUGCGUAAGCUGAAGGCAUGGGGGGGGGGGGGAGAGUGAUUAAUGGUGUAGAUAUCCACUGGGUAUCUAUAAAUGCAUCACCCUCUACUGAACGCUGGUUUAUUUAAAUGGCCUGUCCGUUCUAGAGAUUCGGAAACGUAAAUGCAUUAACAAAUAAAAUAAAAACCCUCAUCUCCCGCUUUAACGGAUGAAAUAACGACGGUAGAGACAGUUUUAUUUGGAGAAGUUGUAAAAAUGAGACAUUGUAAAAUGAAGAACAGUCACAGGGGUGGGUGGGUGGCUGGAGGGGGGAGGGGGUGUUAUUCCGUGUUCAGUUAACACCAACUCAACGUCUUAAGCCGCUUGUUUCAAUAAAAGUGCUUAAUGCAAUUCAUCGGUCAAGUACUUCACAAGCAACGAUUCGUGACGUCUCGCCGUGCCCCGGGGUCGCUGUCGUGGUGCGCACGCAUGGACUUGCCACCUCGAAGGGCGUCCCGUUAGAUUCGAUCUUCUCGGUGUCCACCGACCAUGCCCGCUGCUGUGCGCCCAGCACGGCUACGUUGGCUAACACGACAGCCACUCGAUCAGCAAGUCGCGUUUGUGCGGUGGGGUAAAGUGUGGGUAUGGGGAGCGGUGGAGCGCACUGCGCUACGAACCCGACGACGCGAGUUCUAUUCCAUGCGCGCGGCCACGCACAACCAGCGACGAUUAAUAUGAACCGGUGCUGGGCCUCCCCUAGGUCGACUCGGCCUCAAAUGAGUACCUGGUGCGGUGUAGAAACAUCGCCACUUAGGGAGACAAAAGGUGGUCAGGGCGUGGUGAUGGCCACCCCAUCCCCUCGUGUGCCGUGCCGGCCUUCAUAGGGGCUGCUCGCAAAACAGCGCUUGCCCCCAAAAGUCUGGUAAGCCUUAGCCAGAGUGGAAGAGUAGGCCAAAUUACCCUCUUUAAAAAGAGGCGCUCUCGAGUUGUCUAUUGAGAGGUCCAUCCGCAAGCAAAGUGGCACCAGCAAAAAGCACUUUCAGGGCUCUGGCACUGCGCCUUUCACCUCUCUGCCGCUCGGUCAAAAAACGUUUCGCUGCGAGAAGUUGUCGGCAGAUCCUCACCAUGUCGCAGGAAACUCGCCGUGUGAAAUACUCAACGAAGAUUCACGUGAUGUAAGUACAGAUAUCAAAUUCAGUGUACAGUACAAGUUAUAUGUUUUAUAUACAUAUAUACAUUUCAGAAACAAGUCGUCGAUUUGCUGAUGAAUUGUGAGCAUAACUUUUAAACCCUACCCAACUGCAUACAUGCCGCGCCGUAUAUUUACAAUCAACAUGUACGUUUGAUUAUUUAAAUAUUAAACAUUAUUUAAAUACACUU